AUGAACACGGGAGAAAAGGGGUUACCGGCGAUAACAACAGCGACGUCCGAUAGAGGAUAUCGGUGGGAGGUAAGUUGGGUCUACGUUGGAGAUGGUGGUGGCUACAACGUUGUCAACAAGAGUGUUGUGGUAUUUGAGGGUGCUUCUGUGAUGCCCACCUCUCCCCCCUUUCUUCUUCUCAAAUUCUCUCCUCUUAUAAGCAAAGUGAAAAUAUUAGCGUGCUCUUGUUUUGGAAAUACAUUAAAUCUCUUGGCCCUUUGUUUCUGGAGUGCCGUUGGGAAAGGUUUUAAGUUGCAAGGACAAACUUUUAGGAAACCUGCAAGUGAGAGUGUUAGCUCUAUCAUGUGA